UAUACUUCCUGUAUAGUCAUUUUACUGAGGCUGGUGAAGGUUGUUUGCAGGCCUCUUCCUCUGAGCUGUUUAUGCUUGUAGGGCAUCUCACAGCAGGGAACGUGUGGAUCAGGAACUCUGCCUAUAAGCAGUUCCAGUACAGUACCGAUCAAGGAAAAACAUCAAUGUGAAAAGUGUGCCUCUAAGUUUGGUGCCAAUAGUCUUCUAGGCCUUUGACACUGAUCUGUUCCAGCUUUGUAAGGCUGGAUUGCUCAAUUAAGUUUCCACUGACGCCUGCAAGUACAGCAUGGCAGAGGCUCAGUCUGAUUGCCAGAGACAGUUUCAGGCAGCUGUCUCAGUUAUCCAGGCCUUGCCAAAAAGUGGUGCUUACCGUCCAUCCCAUGAGAAGAUGUUGAAGUUUUACAGUUACUACAAGCAGGCAACUGUUGGCCCAUGUAAUAUUAGCAGGCCUGGCUUCUGGGAUCCUAUUGGACGUGUAAAAUGGGAUGCAUGGAAAGCUCUGGGGAACUUGUCAAAAGAAGAAGCCAUGAUGACUUAUGUCGAAGAGAUAAAGAAAACAGCACAGGAGGUUAUUGAUACGAUGUCAGGGACAGAGAGUGAGGAGCAGCACUUCCAACUGUUUCAGCCACUGUAUGAAGUUGUUGAAGACAUGCCCAGACCUCCAUGUUUUUUCCUUAAGAAGGUGUCAGGUGAAGAUGCUACAACUCCCCUGACAUCAACUCCAUGUAUCGUGACAAAUGGUAUGCUGAACAACCAUCAUAGCAGCUUGGUAUUGGGGGAGCUGAGUGAUGAGGACAAAGAUCUUCUAACAAGCAAAAAAAUAGUUCGAUUUCGGGAGAAUGCUGUCAUCCAAGUUGAUGACAAUAGCAGAGAGGCACACCAAGCCAAUGGCAUUUGUUCAGAAAAUGGUAAUCCUCAUCCAGAGCUUGGGAUCUCUCAAUUGGACACAAUAGAGGAAACCAUGAGGACACUGCAACUUCAGGAAAAUCCCUCAAAGUUUCAUGACAUUACAGACAGUGCUAGCAACAAUUACACAGUGGAAGUAGCUGAUCCAAAUCACUUGACAAGCGAUUCAGAAAGUGAAGUGUUCUGUGAUUCUGUGGAAGAACUGGACCACGAGAGGAUUUUGGCAAUUCAGAGCAGCAGGACUGUUGCAGAGCAUUCCCAAGAUCCAUUGAAUUUACAGGAUGUUGAGUCUACAGAAUCGUUCUGCAGUGCUAAAGUUUCCGCUUGUAGGCCAGAUGCUUACCUUUACAGGUGUGACAAUUUACCUGCAAACCAAGAGACAUAUGCAUGGGCAACAGAUGGAGGAGGAGGGAACAAUAAGGAGAAAAAGAUAACAUUUACAAAUCCAUCGUCUAGAUCUGAAUGGCUAACUGAGGGGAAAGGACUGCAGCAGGUUCAAGGUAGAAGCUCAUGGAGACUGAGAAACAGCCCUGACAGCAACACAGAGGACAAUGAAAGAAGGGUACACAGAGAAAAGACUGUGAUCACUGUCAAUGAUAAUAUUGUGAGGGUUCUUCAUCAUCUAGAAGAGGACAUGCAGUCUGUGUUACAGAGACUCAGUACGCUGGAGGGCCUGACAACGUCGCAGGUGCAAACAGCUGGCCUGCAACCACCUCGUUUGAAAAUAUCCAGGCAUAAGAGAAUUUCCAGGUGGCUGUUUGGCCCGUCGGGGCGUACGUUGCUGUUUCUAGUUGUGUGGCCUUUCAUUGCUCAGUGGAUAGUGCAUGUUUUUCUUCGCAGAAGAAGGAACUGAACAUCUGUGGACACAGCCAUUCUGGAAAUUGAAUAUUCCACAUAAUUUACUUUCAAAACUGGACUGGAGCUCUGGAAAUGUCAUCCUCCUCAGUGUUCCAUCAACUAAUACCACUUGAUUUUAGCACAACAAUGCAGAAGUGCCAGCUUUCAGAUGAAAUGUUGAACCAAGGCCUAUCUGUCCUUUCAGGUAGAUAUAAAACAACCCAUGGCAACAUUUUGAAGAAUAGCAAAGAAGUGAUGCCAGGUGCACUGACUGACUCUUUUACCCCCAAAAAAGAUAGGUUGUCAUAUCAAUGCCACACUGCUGUUAUUGGGAGCUUGCUGUGUGCAAUUGGCUACUGCCUCUCCUACAUUUCUGCAAUGCCAACACUUCAACAAAAUGCUUAAUUUGGCAUUAAAGGCACUUUGGGAUGGCUGGUGGUGUUGAAGGGCACUAUAUAAAUGCAGGUCCAUUUUUCUUUAAAUAUUACAUUGCUAAGGAUUACUCUUUCUGAU